AUGGCCGACCUUGCGACGCUUCGAGGGCGAGUUAGCCUCGAAGAUGCGCUAGACGAGGAUGACGACGUGCUGGCCCAGCUACGAUACCCGGGGCAGCAGAAGAAGUUCUGGGCCUCGCUGAUAGCACGCAAAGACGAUAUCGAAGCUCUGGUCCGUUAUCACUUGGGCGUUGACUGGUGCUAUGUUUGUGUUAUGGACAUUUGGAAAGCAGGCAGUUUCAACGUAGUACUCCCUGUCCUUAUUCGGACUAAGAGAUGUCACGGUAGCGAGCGAGUUUUUGUCCGUUUCCCACUGCCAUAUAAGGUUGGUGAGGCUAUGCAUCGGGGUAACGUGGAAGAAAAGCUGCGAACCGAAAUCGCGACGUACAUAUGGCUUCAACAACAUUGUCCCGAUGUCCCCAUUCCCAUUCUGCACGGGUUUGGUCUUCCCGACGGAACCUGCUUUUCACACCCGCAGAACACACCAUUUCUCCCGAGAAUGAUAGGGGGGUUACGACGCCGGUUACUUGGCUUCUUCGGCUUUCCGGUCCCGUCUCACUACAUACGACGUGGGUUGCGAAACUCUUUCGACUCGGGGUAUAUGAUCCUCGGCGAGGCCAAGGGCUGCGCUCUUGCUGCCUCUUGGGAAGAGCAUCGACACGAUAAAGCUUACCGACAGAGACUUUUACGUGGCAUAGCGCGCAUCUGCCUAUCAAUGAAUAAAAAUCCCUUGCCACGAAUUGGUUCGCUUAGCCUUGACUCGACAGGCGUUGUCAGUCUGUCAAACCGCCCACUGGAUAUGUACUUCCAGCUUUUCGAGAAUGAAGGCGUUCCAUCCGGCAUCCCACGGGAGAGGACUUACUCUUCAAUUGAGCCCUACAUCUCCGACUUUCUUGGCCUACAUGAUAACAAAUUGCUCCAUCAGCCAAACGCCAUUCAUAACCAAGACGAUGGCGAAAUGCAGCUUGCGGCUUUAACUGCCCUGCGGGCCAUUAUGCACCGAUUUAUUCGUACAGAUUAUCGAGGCGGCCCCUUCUAUUACACGCUUACGGAUCUCCAACAAAACAACAUCUUCGUUGACGAGCAGUGGAAUAUUCAGACUAUUAUUGACCUUGAGUGGGCGCAGUCGCAACCCAUAGAAAUGCAGCUUCCACCCUACUGGCUUGCGUCCAAGCCCAUCGACGCUUUCGAUGAUACCGAAUCUGUCUCUGAGUUAGGCGCUUUGUUCAAUGAAUAUUUUGAUAUAUACGAAGCCGAGGAAAAGGCUAGGAAUGGCGUUUUGCUUCACGGUCCUAUCAUGCGCCGUGUGUGGGAGACAGGCAGCUUUUGGUAUUUCCAGGCCAUCAAGGUACCCAAGGGCAUGUUCAGAGUCUUCAAUGCCAAUAUCCAGCCGCUCUUCAACAAGGAGCAUUGCAGUGGAUCCAUUUUCGACCAUGUCUUCUUUUCUUAUUGGGGGUUUGGAGCCCAGGGGUUUAUUGAAAAGAAACUCAGGGACAAGGAGGAUUACAUCGCGCAGGUCAAAAAGGCCUUUGGGAAACCGGCGCUCAGUUGA